AUGAAAAAUAUGACCAAGAUCACUCUUGAUAAUCUGAAGAGCUCUCCUGCCCUAUGCGGAGACUUCAAUAAAAUGAGAGAGGAGGCGAUCAGAGAAGUGGGUGACAAUCCAAACGAGGUAGAUCGGCGGUUAACCGAGAUGAUCUUGCCGAAUUUAAUUAUGAGACUCCACGUGGAAAAGAAGAAUCAAGAAAAGAAAGAAGAAGAUUCAUGCAAUCGCAAGAAGCCAUUGGACCAGAAUCCAGAAAUUGUAGAAGAAGAAAAAGAAAAGUCCAGGGAAGACAAGAGGAAGAGGAAGAACCCGAUAGAGAUCAAGCAAAUGCCGACUAACUUUGAGUACAAAAUCAAGGGGAUGCAGGGUUCGGACAUCAAGCUCGUCAUUCAAAAAGAAUUGACCAUCACUGAUAUGGAAGGUUCUCAGGAUCGGCUUUCGAUUCCAAGUGGCCAAAUGAUGCAUGAGUUUCUAAGCAAAGAGGAACAAGUCAUGCUAAAGGAAAAAGAAGCCGAUGGGAUACAUUUCAAAGGGAUGGAAGUACCAUUGAUAGAGCCAGACCUUCAGGAAUCGACCAUCUUCUUGAAGAAGUGGAAAUUGGGUAAAAACAACUGCUACAUGUUGAGCAAGCCUUGGAUAAAAGUUGCAAAGAGAAACAAGCUCGAGUCAAGCAAUACUAUACAACUUUGGUCCUUCAGAGGCAACCAAAGCCUCCACUUGGCCCUCAUCAAGCUAGACAAUUAG